AUGCCCGACACCGUGACAGCCAAACCGUUACCAAUCCCACAAAUGUCGUCGGCUCACCAUCUCCAUCGAUUCCCCAGCAACCAGAGCUUGACUUCUUUUCACAACGGUUCCAAUGGCAGCCUAACAAGUCCAUUGAGUCCUACAUCAACUCGGAGCCGACUACGGAACUCUCUCAAUCUCACAUUCAUGAAGAGACGCCCUAGUAAGACUGACGAUACUAAAAUCCAGACUCCCCAGGAUCAAAUUUUCCAUACCUCAUACUCACAAUCUCCUGGCCAUGGUUACACUGACUCUGUCAUGUCUCCACCCAACUCGACAUCCACCUGCUACACAUCCCCACCUUACUCCAACCCUCCCAAAAAGAAGACGCCAACCAAGAACAGCUUCGAGCCUUUCAACAGCGCACCGCCACCUGCCAUCAAGCCCUUUGUAUUCUCUGGCAAGGUCCGUUUCGUAGAGAACGACAGCUGCGCCAUCUGUGAAGAGCCACUGCAUUUCAUUCUAGCUGGCGAGCGAAAGCUUGUGCUCGAGUGCAAACACAUUGCUCACGAACAGUGCUACAUGGAGUUCCUCAGCGAUGACGUGGUCUCACCAGACGACAAGGACCUCGUACCUCUCUGUCCUGUCUGUGGUGAAAAAUCUAAGCCAAUUGACGAUUCACAAUGGAACGAUCUCUACCAUGAAAGACUUCGAAAGGCUCGUCAGCUUGAACGAGAAGAUGUAAUCAAUCAACUCAUCAAGUCGUCUCCAGGAAAGGCGGCAGGAGGGGUAGAUAUUUUGUUGUGGCCUCUGGCGAAGGAGAAGACUCCAGCAGUAGCCUGUUCGACUGUCAGACCAAUCGUCAGUGUACAGGUGAACAAGCAGCGCGGCACUCCCAAGCCCCCUGGGUUCUCUUACAUGAACCUCAAGAUUGACGUCACUCCUGACGAGUACGAUGGUGGUCGUGACUCUUUCAUUCACUACCAUGAACAGGUCUCUCCCAGAGAUGGUCCCGAGAGACAUGACCCUGUGCUGGAUAAUCUUGUGGCAUCAGUUGCUGAUUGGGGAAAACUUGACCCCAAUACUGCUGGUUCCAUCCGAUGUGUCGAUCUAAUGGAGGUCUCUACGGACCAAGGCACAACCUACAAGUCGUUGGUUGGAUUCCUGUUUGAUGACCUUGUCCUGUUUGUGGAGAACUCUUAUCCUGUGCGGCACCCCUCCAAGACUCUUUUCCCGGGAUCCGUCAUCAAGGGUUCUCUUGUGAUUUCAAAACACAUUGCGAGUGUGAUCAAUGGCAAGGACAUGUCCAUUUUCGUGCACUCCGUCAACUCUCCUGAAUUGAGAGUAAACAUUCCUGGAAACCAAGAUGAAUGGUUCAACACCCUCGUCCACCUCUUCCGAGGCAAUCGCCACGGCGACUCUUUCCAUAAACGGAGAUGUGAGGCCACGCCUCCAUUGUCUUCGCCAAUCAAGCUGGCCACGCCGGUAGAUGCCCCCAUAGAUCUGGUAGUUGUCGUUCCUAUCGGGUCUUGUAACGAUACUCAAAUCAAGAUGCUUCAGAAGACCAUCCGAGGGAUCUUGGCAUGUAUGUCACAUCUUGACCGUUUGUCUCUGCUUCUUGUCGGUUGUGGUCCCGACGAAAACUCCACCUAUGGAGCAAGCAACAAUACUGAGUACAUCGCUCUGGGUCUUGCCUCUCCUGAAUGGCCAGGCUGGGACCACAGCAUCAACUCUCUCAAUGACCCUUCUGUACGCGGAGGUGGAACCAAAAAGGUCACUCUCGAGGCCUGGGCUCACGCCCAACGUCUUCUGGCGACUAGAGAGUCUAAAAACGCUACCUGCUCCAUCUUCAUGAUUUCAGAGACACGACUCGUUCCCAACCAAGAGAUGUCCAACCCCUCAUCUCCCACCAAGGUAUUCACUUUGAAUCAGCUUGACAGAAUUGACGACGAGAUCCGAAAAUGCAAGAAGCGACGUAUUGGAUACGCCAAGCUAUUGGUCGAAACUGAGCACGACACCAUUGUUCAGAUUUACGACUCACAAGAGGCCGAUUCCCAUCAGAGUGCCAAUGGGAGACAUGCUAUAUUUACAUUCCCCUUGUAUUUCGGCAAGACAGAUCUUAACUUGGCUAUUAGAGGAGUUCCACCGUCCAAGUUUACUCUCUUAUCUUGUGAGGGACAGUUUGAAACCACAGAGUGCUUUGUAUUCCAACAGCACUCUUGA